AGGAAAUAUUGGCGAAGGCCUAAAACCCUCCUUUUACCCUCAUCGAAUCGACACACUUCCAUUUCUGCUCUCGCUCGAUCAACAUGAAUGCAGUCGCAAUGAGAUUCCUCAAGGAUUUCAGGAUUUCUUCUUCAUUUGUGGCAAGUAGGCAAACGAGCUCAAAGUUGUGGUUAUCGACUAGUGCUUCUGGAAGUGGCAUUGAUGUUGAGAAGAACAAUGGAGAUGAAGAAGAAUAUGAUGAUUUUUUUAAUGAUAAAAUUGAAUUACAGCCCCAGGGUGUGGAUCCCAGGCGAGGUUGGGGAUUUCGUGGCGUACAUAAGGCAAUAAUUUGUGGAAGGAUUGGGCAAGCCCCUGUGCAGAAGAUCUUGAGAAAUGGGCGCACAAUAACAAUCUUUACAGUUGGAACAGGAGGGAUGUUUGACCAACGAAUUGUUGAAGCAAAAGAUCUGCCAAAGCCUGCUCAGUGGCAUCGUAUUGCUGUGCAUAAUGAGCCUCUUGGUGCUUAUGCAGUUCAACAACUUGUUAAAAACGCAUCGGUUUAUGUUGAGGGUGACAUUGAAACCAGAGUCUACAAUGACAGCAUCAAUGGUGAAGUCAAAAAUGUCCCAGAAAUAUGUGUUCGACGGGAUGGGAAGAUUCGGCUUUUAAAGGCCGGAGAAAGUGCCAGCAAUAUUUGUCUGGACGAUUUAAAAGAAGGGUUGUUUCAGAACGAGACAUAACAUGUUGCCAAAAAGAGACGGUAUUACUUGCCAUUCAAAGAUUAGCUAUAAUAGUUGAGUACUGAAACUACCAAUGCCUCAUAAUCUCUUCUUGCAAUUGUUUAGUUUAUUAGCGUUGUAGCAUUUUGUUCUUCAAGGCUCUUAAAAGCCAGUUUUGUGUUAGAUUGGCCAGGGAUAUUGUUAUAGGCUCACAAGAGUUGUCACUGCUGAUGAUGCCUUUAUUCUUGUUUAAAUGCACUUCUCCUAACAAGUGAUGGCAUCAUAGUUUUGAAAUCCACAGAUUAGACAAAGUUCAAUAGAAGACUGUUAAUUGUUAA